GACGAACAGCUGGCUGACAGCGGUGGACGACGUCGGAGUUGACGUUUUCGGGGAGUGGUAGAGGAGCUUUUUGUAAGAGAGCCAAGAGUGGAGAGGAAAGGAGAGGAACGCGAUGAUGACGCAGAAUUUCGUCGCGUGUCGCGAGCACAGGUAAAACCUCGGCGCGAACCGUCACUGAUUCUCGCGUUUUUCCUAGCUGGACGCGAGUGUUUGGAGCCGCGCCGCCGUACACGGAAUGUUUUGUUUGUCCUCUCGGACCUAACCUACUUCACGGACGCAUCGUUGGCCGAUAAGGCUGGCGUUCGUGGGCGCGCGGGCGCGCGCGUGCGUGACUUUGUGUGCGUGCGCGCGCGACUCUCGUCUGGCACGCGUUCGACCACGCUAUCGUCGACCACGAUGAUCUCAUCGUUACCGCGAACACAUUUCCUGGUCUCCUCUUUGUCAGUGUUUCUAUUGCCGUGACAGUCGCCCGUUGCGAGCGUGUUCCGCAGGAUCAAAAACACACGCACACGUAAUCGACGCAGCGAGUAACAGCGGAGACAGCAGGAGGCUCGAUCGACUCCGGGUGAUCGUCUCCUCCAUCGGCAGGGUGGCUGCGAAGAUGCUUCAGAGACGUAACCGCGGUAGAAGACGUGUCCCCACUGUGACGUAUCUCGUUAGCGCGCAACAUGAACUCGCUGUUGAAGACGGUCAACACCAUCGCGCUCAGCAAGAAGCGGAACAUCCUCGUCAGGGAUUCCCUGCAGAAGCAACUCAACACCAGCGUCAUGGAGAUGCAGAGCGCGCCCGGGCUGGUCGACAGCGACGGCGGUGUUGUGGGCAAUUGCGACGAGACCAUGACCUUGUGCUCCGUGCUAGAGGCGAUAUUUCUGCACGGUCUGAAGGACAGCCUGUUGAAUCGGGUGACAGAAGCAUUGAGCGGGCCCGACUUCGAUGCCAUGCCGCAACCGAGUUUCUGGGGUCCACUGUUAGUGUUCUCACACCGUCAGAUCAUAGAUCAGAUACAAGGCCUGAGCCAACUCACUACAGAAGUUGGCUACUGUCGUGCCUGGAUAAGAAUGGCCCUCAACGAGGGCCUGUUAGCUAGCUACUUUUGCUCCAUCAAACGCGAUAAUUCGGCCCUGAAGCCGUACUACAAUCGUUCAGCCUACAUCAGAGACGCAGACUACGUUGAAGUGGCGCAGAGAUUGAUCGAGAGCUUGGACUAUGUGCACUUUGAAUUGGUCUGCAACAGUAGUCUCUUGAAUUUCUGGUCCACCACGCCGUUGCUCAUCGCCGGCAUUUGGUCGCCGCCGAUGAAGUCCUGUCCCGUGUUCAGCGCGGUGGACAUCGCGAAGACCAUCACCACCGAGGUCACCGACAAUGAGAACUUGGACGAGAUCGAGACUGCGAGCUCCAUCGGCAGCUUGGGUUCCUUCGCGUCCUCGCAGUCUAUGUUCAAUAACGUAGCCGCCAUCACGGAGGAUCAGGCCUUGAAGAUCAUUUUGGACAAUGAACAGUCGAGCAAUGUUCUUCGAGAACUGCGGCGCAAUUCCGCGGACGUCGCGCCGAGUAAGACGGUGGAGGAGCAAGAAGAGAAAGCGGACAGUGAUAACCGGCGACAACCACGCGGCGAUUCCGCGGACGCCGUGACAGAGAAGCAUGGAGAGAAACGACGGGUGGGUGAAGCCCAACAGGUGGCGAAUGGCAGCGUGGAUGAGAAGAAUGCAGACGCGAGUGUUGCCGCCGACGCAGAGGAUCCUUUAGCGCGGGACGUUCUCAGCGAGAGCGAGGUUGUCAACGACGUGGCCGGGACUACUGUAGGCAAUUCAUUGAUAGGAAGAUUGGGAUGGUCCACUUCGUUCGAAGAGUGCCAAUCUUCUUUGACUUCAUCUGUGAUAUCUCAUGGGUCGGGAACAGACGCGCCUUGUUCGCCCGGCGACGGUUCCACGUACGACGCGCUCAUUCAGAGCUACCACACCGCCGGGAACAGCACAGUGCCGAAUCUACAGGAAUUCCUGAAGAAGUAUCCGAAGAGAGAGACUGUCGGCGAAGAGUCGAAGGCUCAGUCCGAGUCGAAGGCUCCAUCCGAGGCAAAGGUUGUGAUAAAUUUCGACGAGCAGUUGGGCAGUUUACCGCGGGAAAAGGGUCUGGACGUGCAGAACUACAGUUGCUUCGAAUGCGGCGAGGCGAUCGGCAUGACUUUCUCCAAAGCGCACGUGUGCUCGUACUCUGGUGAUUACUAUUGCUCGAAGUGCAUGGCGGAUGGACAGUAUCUCGUACCGUCACGCAUGAUUCAUAACUGGGAUCUGAAGCAUUACCCGAUUUGCCAGAAAGCUGCUGCUUACUUGCAAGACAAGCCGACUCUAUUGGACAUGAAGAUUGUGAAUCCGAGGAUCUACAAAGCCGUAGACAGCAUGGCCCAAUUGCAGUCGUUACGAAUACAGCUGAAUCUGCUGCGAGCGUACUUGUUCACGUGUCGCGAGCCCAUCAUCGAGUCCCUGCAAAAGAAAGUCGCUCCAAGGGAUUACCUGUACGAACACGUUCAUCAAUAUUCCGUUUCAGACCUUCUCGACAUACCCAACGGGAUCCUCGCGCAGCAGCUCCAGAAGGUCGUCGAGUUCGCGAGAGGUCAUGUGAUAAAUUGUUGGCUCUGUAGUCAGAAAGGUUUUAUAUGCGAGGUGUGUAACAAUCCAAAGGUUAUCUAUCCGUUUGAUAUGGAGUCCACAUUCCGGUGUGGGGCGUGUAACGCCGUAUUUCACGCGGACUGUUUAAACGCUAGUAAACCGUGUCCAAAGUGCGAACGCAGACGUAAACGGAUGGAUUUGCCGCUUUUAGAUAUGGGCUGUACAGAUCUACCGAACAAUAGUAUGUCCUCGUCUCCGAUCGAUACGAAUUAGUGAAAAUUAUUGGUUAAUAUUACUACUGACGAUUCGAUGUUUUUUGGUUUUUUUUUAACACUUAUUUAAGUAAUAUUGUUUACAUAAUCCGUAUUUUGUAAAAUUUAUUUCAAUAAGCGCGGUAACCAUUUAUCUCUAUAUUUCACCUACGAAAUCGCAUAUAUGCCGAUAUAAAUAACAUUAAUAACAUGUUACAUCCGCUAUGCUAUGUAUACACAGUGAAAAAUAAAAUGUCAAUUUUAUGUUCACUCUGAAUUACAAGUAGCUCAUUUUUCGUGUGUUAUUUGUUGAUAAAACUACAAAUAUUAAUUAAUUGAUACUCACACAUACUUUUUUCACUUUUACGUUUGUCGUUUUGUCUUCAAGAAUAAUUAAAAUAACAUUUUAUAUAUUUUAGUGCAUUAGGUAACUAAAUAAUCUUGUUAAGACAUGUAUUCACAUAUACAAUCAAAAAUGUUCUAUCAAUAUUUCUUAUAAGUUAUUUUAAAACUAAGUUAGUGUACAUUUUAUUAUGUUUUAUGUUAUAUUUACAUUAUAUUUUUAAAUAAAAACAAACAUGAAUGUAAAAAGGGAAUGUGUGUCAACUAAUUAGUUCUUUAAUUUUAGUUUGUCAACAAGUAAUACAGAACGAAUGAGUUACUUUUACUCAAAAUCUGGAAUGGACCUUCUUUGGCAUAAAAAUUAACAUUUUAUUUGUUACUGUGUAAAAUCGUGUAUAGGAAUGUGAAAUCUAAUCAUAUUUUUUAAUGAUUAUUCGAAUCACGCACAUGUGCAAUCUAACUUAUAAUUUAUUUCUCUUCUUUUAUACUAAUUGCAUGAAAAGAAUGCUUACGUGUAAACUCAGCAAACUAAAAAUAAACGAAUAUUUGUACUCUAUGAGACUGGCAGCUUUCUAUAUAUAGGCGAGAACAUGUUGCGUCUUUGCAUAUUAUGCAAGUUUAUUGUAAUUUUAUGUACAAAAAGUAGUAAAAUAUAUGAAAUCAUCUAUUUA